AUGGAGGAUCCGGUUUUGCAGUCUGCGGUUCGCGUGCCGACGCCUCCACCGGGCGCCUCCUACUCUCCAGCGGCAGGCUCUCGCAAACGCUCACCUCCGUCCCGGUCUCCGUCACCAAAUCGUCGACGCUCACCACCAGGUGAUUCUUCGAGAGACAAUGGCGAUGUACCUCCGAUGGAUCCAGACCGUGCAUUGGAAAGGGAGCGACAACUCGCCGAGCGGUUUCGCGAGCACGAACGGAAGGAAGCCGCGCGCAAGCCGAUGACCGAUGAGGAGAAACAAGCCUCAGCCAAGGCCGAAUAUGAGAAAUUGCUUAAUAUGCGGUCGGGCGGUACAUAUAUCCCGCCGGCACGAUUGCGCACUCUACAGGCGCAAAUCACCGACAAGACCAGCAAGGAAUACCAGCGCAUGGCCUGGGAAGCUCUGAAGAAGUCAAUCAACGGAUUGAUCAAUAAGGUCAAUGUCUCGAAUAUCAAAUACAUCGUUCCCGAGCUCUUUGGGGAGAACUUGGUGAGAGGACGUGGCUUGUUCUGUCGGUCCAUCAUGAAGGCCCAGGCGGCCAGUUUGCCCUUCACCCCCAUCUACGCGGCGAUGGCGGCGAUUGUCAACACGAAGCUUCCCCAGGUGGGAGAGUUGCUACUUUCUCGAUUGAUCAUCCAGUUCCGCAAGGCGUUCAAACGAAACGACAAAGCCGUUUGUAUCUCGUCUACGACGUUCAUUGCCCAUCUCUGCAACCAGCAGGUCGUGCACGAGAUGCUUGCCGCCCAAAUUCUCUUGCUUCUACUGCACAAGCCGACAGAUGACAGUGUCGAAAUCGCCGUGGGUCUCACCCGCGAAGUCGGUCAGCAUUUGGAGGAAAUGAAUCCCCCGAUCGCGCUCGCCGUGUUCGACCAAUUCCGAAACAUCCUCAACGAGUCGGACAUCGACAAGCGUGUGCAAUAUAUGAUCGAGGUCCUGUUCCAAGUGCGCAAGGACCGGUACAAGAAUAACAUGGCGGUCAAAGAGGAACUGGAUCUAGUGGAGGAAGAAGACCAAAUCACCCAUCGGCUUGGGUUGGACGACGAGAUUGAAACGCAGGACACACUCAAUAUUUUCAAACAUGAUUCCGAGUGGGAGCAACACGAAGAGGCGUACAAGAAAUUGAAGGCCGAGAUCUUGGGUGAGGGCAGCGAUGAGGAGGAUGAGGACGACGAGGAUGAGGACGAGAGCGAGGAUGAAGAAUCCGACACGGAAGAACAAAGAAUGGACAUCAAGGACCAGAGCAACACAAAUCUUGUUAACCUCCGCCGGACGAUCUACCUCACGAUCAUGUCCAGCAUUGACUUUGAAGAAUGCUGCCACAAACUGAUGAAAAUCAAUCUGCCGGCAGGGUUAGAGCCAGAGCUGCCGUCCAUGAUCAUCGAGUGUUGCUCCCAGGAACGAACCUACUCCAAGUUCUAUGGGCUGAUCGGCGAACGGUUCGCCAAGAUCAACCGGCUUUGGUCCGACCUGUUCGAGGCUGCUUUUGCCAAAUACUACGAUACCAUCCAUCGCUACGAGACCAACCGCCUCCGCAACAUUGCCCGCUUUUUUGGCCAUAUUCUCAGCAACGAUGCUGUCGGGUGGCAUGUGCUGUCGGUGGUCCAUAUCAACGAGGAAGAAACUACAUCUAGCAGCCGCAUCUUUAUCAAGAUCCUCUUUCAAGACCUUGCGGAGAACAUGGGCGUGGCUGGGCUGCAGGCCCGCUUCCGGGACGAAAUUCUUCGCCCAAGCUUCGAGGGGCUUUUCCCAACGGAGAACCCGCGCCACACCCGGUUCUCGAUUAACUAUUUCACCAGCAUUGGCAUGGGUGUCUUGACAGAAGACAUGCGCGAGCAUCUCAAAAACCUUCCUCGGCCGACCGUGCCCGCCUUGCCAGCACGAGGCGACUCGCGCUCGCGCUCACGUUCUCGCUCUUCAUACUCAUCUUACACUCGAUCUUCCCGCUCCCGCUCGUACUCAUACUCUCGAUCUCCUUCCCGUGACCGUGGCCGGUCCUACUCCCGCUCAAUCACGCCGUCAUCCCGCAGCCGGAGCUACACUCCCUCGCGGUCACGGUCUCCCGCUCAGCGUCGCCGUCGCGAUGCCUCGUACAGUCGAUCUCGAACGCCGUCCGAUCGAUCUGUGUCUCGAUCUGUGUCUCGGUCUGUGUCUCGGUCUGUGUCUCGGUCCGUGUCACGCACUCCCUCUCGACGGGGCCGAGCUCGCUCCUAUGACUCACGAAGCCCGAGUCGCAGUCCGUACCGGUCUCGUCGCUCGGCCUCUCGGUCCGUCACUCCGCCCCGUGGCGGACAAGCAUCAGCCAGCAAAAGGGGUCGUAGUUACUCGCGGUCGGUCUCCCGGUCUGUCACGCCGCCCCGCCGAGGGGCACGACGACACUCGUCGGCGUCUGCAUCCCCUCCGCCUCGUGGCGGACAUGCCGCGUCUGCAUCGCGCUCGCCCAGUCCGCCUAGACGGCGAGAGGAACCGCGCGGAAGAAGCUACUCUCGAACACCGCCGCGGCGCCGCUAA